UGUACAGUUUUACCUUAUUAAAUUAGCUAUUUUUAAAAACUUUCCUAAUUUGGUUGUUUUGGUGCGUUUACAGCUCGUUAUCUCUGACGCCAAAAUGCUUCAGCCAUUAUAAUUCAACAUUUUAACAGGUUUUAAGAGUUUCUGGGAUAAAUUCUUACAUAUGAUCCGCACCAAAUAAAAAAAAAGCCAACUGGACCAUGAGUUCAUCCCGAGUGGGACCGCAGCAGCCCCCGCAGAGCCAGGCUGGCAGGUCGGCCCACAGACUGGACACCAGUGAGGGGAUAGAGAUGGAGAACAUCCAGCAUCAAGACCUGGGGCUCGGAGGGGUCAUAGGUACUCCAUCACCUCCGUCCAGACAAGCCUGGAGCAGGGAUAACCCGGGGUUUGAGCCCGAGGAUGAGAUUAUGGAAGCAGACUGGCCUCCGGCUAGUCCCGGGAGGAGGUCCGUGUCCACGGCCUCCAGCAGCAGCUGCAGCAGCGGCCUGGGGAGCUACACCGGCGCUGGCAGCAGCACCCACAUCCCCCGAGGAGGAGGGCUGUACCCGACCCCGACUGUGGAUGCACAGCAGCAAGACAGACAUGAGUACUCCAACUGUAUGAAGAAGAUCCUCCAUAAAAUCAGAAUUCUGUGGGGCACGGAGCUGAUGGAGGACAGUGACAGCAGUCGAGAAAGGUACCUCAGGAAUGUACUGCGAGAGAUGGUCACCUAUGUCGCAUUCCUCAUCACUACUUGUAUCUUGACCUACGGGAUGGUGAGUGCCAAUAUGUACUACUACACCAAAGUCAUGUCUCAGCUUUUCGUGGACACACCCCUGUCUGCUGGAGACCCUUCUACUUUUAGGAGCUUGUCAACAAUGGAGGAUUUCUGGAAGUUUUCAGAGGGACCUUUCCUCAACGGCAUGUACUGGGAGGUGUGGUACAACAACAAGAGCCUACCAGAGAAUCAGAGUCUUAUCUACUAUGAGAACCUCCUACUUGGUGUGCCACGCCUGCGUCAGGUCAAAGUCCACAACGACUCCUGCUCCAUCCAUGAAGAUCUGAGAGAUGAGGUUCAGGACUGCUACAACAUGUACACCCCAACCAACGAGGACACCAGACCCUUUGGCCCCAAGAAUGCAACUGCGUGGGUAUAUACGACAGAGAGCGAUAUGAAUGGGAGCAGUUACUCGGGUCAGGUAUCCAAAUAUGCAGGUGGAGGAUACUACCAAGAUCUGUCACGUACGAAAGAGGAGUCAGCAAUCCAACUGCAGUUACUCAAAGACAACCUGUGGCUGGACCGGGGCACCAGAGCGGUCUUCCUCGAUUUCUCUGUCUACAACGGUAACAUCAACCUCUUCUGCAUCGCCAGGUUGUUGGUGGAGUUCCCAGCUACUGGCGGGGUGGUGACCUCCUGGCAGUUCCAAACGGUGCGUCUGAUACGAUACGCGUCCAGCUGGGACUACUUUGUGGGUUUGUGUGAGGUGGCGUUUUGCCUAUUCAUCCUCUAUUACGUGGUGGAGGAGGUGCUGGAGAUCCACAUCCACCGGCUGCAUUACUUUAAGAGCCUGUGGAACUGUCUCGACGUCCUCAUAGUGGCGCUGAGUGUUGUCGCUAUCAUCAUGAACAUAACCAGAACAGCCAUGGUAGGCAACUUUCUCAAAGGCUUGCUGGAGAACCACACUGCUCACCCCAGCUUUGAGUCUUUGGCCAACCUGCAGGUCCAGUUCAACAACAUGGCCGCAAUCAUCGUCUUUUUUUCCUGGAUCAAGCUUUUUAAGUUCAUCAACUUCAAUAAGACUAUGAGUCAGCUGUCCAGCACCAUGUCUCGCUGUGCCAAGGACCUUGUGGGUUUUGCCAUCAUGUUCUUCAUCAUCUUCCUGGCGUAUGCUCAGCUGGCCUACUUGGUGUUUGGAACCCAAGUCAACGAUUUCAGCACUUUCCAAGCCAGCAUUUUUACCCAGUUCCGUAUCAUCCUGGGAGACUUUGAGUUCUCAGAGAUUGAGGAGGCGAACCCAGUGCUCGGACCCAUCUACUUCACCACGUUUGUCUUCUUCAUUUUCUUCAUUCUCAUGAACAUGUUCUUGGCCAUCAUCAAUGACACAUACUCAGAGGUGAAGGCCGAUAUGUCCCAGCAGAGGUCUGACAUGGAGAUGACUGACCUCAUUAAGAAGGGUUGUAACAAAGCUUUGAUGAAGUUGAGACUCAAAAAGACGGCAGUAGACGACAUCUCCGACAGUUUGCGUCAGGCAGGGGGCAAAUUGAACAUUGACGAACUCCGCCAGGAUCUAAAAGGGAAGGGCCACACAGAUGCAGAGAUUCAGGCCAUUUUUGCCAAGUACGAUCACGAUGGCGAUCAGGAGCUGACGGAGCAUGAACAUCAACAAAUGAGAGACGACUUGGAGAAAGAGAGAGAGGACUUGGAGCUGGAACGUAAUUCGCUGACUAGACCCAGCAGUGGGCGGAGCUUCCCUCGCACCCAGGACGACUCGGAGGAGGACGACGAUGAAGAUAGCGGCCACAGCUCACGUCGCCGCGGCAGCAGCUCAGGGGGCGUCUCCUAUGAGGAGUUUCAAGUGCUGGUGAGACGUGUGGACAGGAUGGAGCACUCUAUUGGCAGCAUUGUGUCCAAGAUAGACGCUGUGAUCGUGAAGCUGGAGACCAUGGAGCGAGCUAAACUAAAGAGGAGAGACGUGCUGGGCAGGCUGCUAGAUGGAGUCAUAGAGGAUGAGCGGCUGGGACGGGACACAGACACCCACAGGGAGCAGAUGGAGAGGCUGGUUAGGGAGGAGCUGGAGCGGUGGGAGUCUGAUGACAUGGUCUCACAGGUCAGCCACCCACAGCCAGCCACACCUGUCGGACCCCGGCCCCGCCCCUCCUCUUCACUGUCCACCGACGGCCUUGACACAAGCACAAAUGGAAGUCAUGUGUGAGGAGUGAAGGCAAGAAACUUUUGGAAAAUUUUCUUGAAGGGACAAGUUUUGCAAAACAAAAUGAGACACACACCCUGUUGUUUUUGUUUAAAUACCUGAUGUCCUACAGUGGAGAAGAAAUACUCACCUCCAAUACUUAAAUGCACUGAAAGUGUGAGUGAGGUUCUCCUGCAAGACAUCUAAAAGUAUUCUUAAUCUGUCGAAAGCUAAUAUCAAGUAUUACUUUAAAAGGAUGAAAGAAAACAAAUGUGUGUAGGAAGAGGUUAAAGAAUAAUGAAGGAUUUAUAAAGAUUCAUCCAUUGCAGUAUUAGACACAGUAUUAAACACAGUACCACAGCCUGCAAGCAUAUUCAGUUGGUUUGUAUCCACAGUACUCAGCAUGUGAUUUUUGUACUACAUGAGAAAUACGCUCACUUGCUUCUGAUCACUGUAUCUACACAUCUUUGCAUUUCAACACACAAUACCAAAAAGGCAUUUCUUUGAAUGUUAUUUUGCUAAUUUUGUAAAAUCAUUUUAUUAUACAGUAGGUACAAGUGUGGCACACUCUGUCAUACAUCAAUUAAGCUUCAAAUUAAAUAGCUUACCAUUUUAUGAUACAUAUUGUAACUUGAAACAAACUUCGAUUUGGAGUGCAUCUAGUGUUCAUGGGAAACCCAUGCAUUUAUAUUUUUUCCUGUGCCUUACAUUUUUUAUAAUCUAUUUCUUUUUUAUGUCUGUUAUGCCAAAUAAAGUGUUAUUAAAAUA